UGUGUGUGUGUGUGUGCGCGUGCGUGCGUGCGCACACACGCGCGAGCACAUGGUGAGGCAUGCUGCAUCCCAGCUCCCCAACCAGAAAUUGAACCCAGGCCACCGGCAGUGGGAGUGUGGUGUCCUAACCACUGGCGCGCACGCACACACACACCGAGAACCCUGAGCAGCCUUCCGAUGGUACCAAUGCCAUCUCCUGGUAUGACGGUCCACUGGCUACGCAACAAGCUGAUGCUGGGGCAACAACGGGAGGGGCAUUUCCCUGUAACUUCCCGUGAACUUAAUUCCUUCAGAAUACAAGCCCACACCAAAGGCACACCGCAGGGCUUGGCGUAUACACAUCAGAUCACUCUGUGCGUGACUCUGCACGGACAGUCUGGAUCUCCCCGCGGGAAAGUCCAGGGGCCCACAGCACGCCCGACUACGGACUGAGGAAAAAGAGACCGCUGGCCGGAAGGCGGAGCUCACGCGAUCGGCCUGCUCUGAUUGGGCCAUAGAGCUGCCAGUCACAAAGAGAGACAGGCUUGCUUGGGGCUGGAGGGCGGGUCUUCUCAGGAGUCGAGCAUGGUCAUUGGUGAAGCCAGCCGGAAGAGGUGGGCAGGAAGGCGGUACUCCACGGCUUCCGGUGGGCGGCCUGAGGAGGGGAGUGAGAGGCGACGGCCGCGGGGACGCUCAGGGCGGGGCUCGAAGCACGGAAACGGCCCUCCGCUUCGUGUCCCCCCCCCCCUCCAUCUCGCUGCACAGCAGCCUGCCUUCUGGGUCCUGGGCGGGGCCAAAGCCCCGCAGUUCGCUGGGUUGCGCGUCUUUUCCUGGGGAGAGGGCGAAGAGACGCCUCCCCAGAGCCCAGGGCCCUGGACACCUUGGGGAUUCCGUCGGGGCCCCAACACCCGCUCCCGACAGGACUCCCCCUGCUGUACUGAGGGCGGAUGGCCCAGGACAGUGUGUGGCCCGCUGGGAGGGAAUCUUGCCCAAGCACUCCUGUUCUCCAGGACCGCCUAUGGUUGCAGCCCUCAGUGCCUGCUGCCUGCCUCUUCCCUGGAGGUCAAGUCCUGCAGAUGGAGGAUCUGAAGCCUGGAGGGGACCAUUUCAUCCAGAGGCCAUGCCAUCUCUCUCCCCUUCCUCCCUGCAAUCCUUCCUCUCCACCAGGACCUUGUGGGGCUCCUGCUGCACAGCCACCCCCAGGAGGAGCACUUGAGAUCACUUGCCGAAAUGAGAUGUUGCGCCAUGCCCCUGCAGAGUUCUGAUGCCCUGACGAUGGGACUCCUUGUUCACUCCCGUCCAGUUCACCGAUUUGACCACCUGCCCCUGUGGUCACAGAUCAGCAGGCCACACCUCCUGCCUAUGCCCACUGCCCACCACAGAGCAUCCGUGUCUCAGCUCUUGGUCUAGGAUGGCAUGAGACAGAUGCUGGGGGCCCAGGGGUGUCCCAGCCACAGUGGACUGGGUGCCACAGGAGUCAGGUGGGAGUGCUUAGCAGCAAACGAGGGAGGCUGGGGCUCUGGGAGGGGUGAGAAUAUGAGAAGCCA